GCAGCAAAGGACUCCCAAGCUUUUCAGGUGACAUUUCUAGAGGAUUUCACAGUCGAUUUUUUCAGGUAAUAACAAAUGGAAUAUGUUAGAGAAGUUGGAGAACUCCGGGGUAACCAGGGUAUAGAAGAGGGAGAGUGUGUGAUGUCCGUAGAGCCGAUUGCCAUGAUUGUACCACUGGAACUGCAAGACUUGCCAGAAACCCUUACACCCGAGAGCAGUGCUAGUUCAAGUGCACUAGAGGGUGGCGACCACCACACUUCACCGUCCAGCAACUCGCCCUCUGAAGAGACACCCAGCCGUGAGGAAGAGACGGGGAAUGUGGUUGGCAAUGAACCAAAUCUGCCCGUGGUUGAAGAAUGGGAAAAUAGGGUAAUCAGGAGUAGAUUGAGUAACCUACGCAAGGCACCAAAGGACCUGCCCGCUGGAUUUAGAUUCAGGGCGGCGCUUCAUCAUGAAGUAGCAAACAGGGCGCCCUCAAUAAGUGGGUAUAAGAAACUAGAGGAAAUGGUGAGGUCGUACCAGAUCCCUAGAACGAUACUGCUCCGAGCUGGCACAAAGAAUGAGAGGGCUUGCACGGUUUUUGACGCAGCUGACGCCCAACAGCAUAAGGUUCAUCAUAGGCUUUAUACUGUUGUGUGCGAGGUUGGAGGUAUCGGCCAAGGCGAUAGUGUUCAGGUCGCUGUUCCAGUGUCAGCUGUGCCCAAACUCCAGAAGUGCGAAGUGGUACUACCUCUCUGGGAGGGAGAAGAGCCAGCUCUUAAAAAAUCAUACUUGAGAGGCAGCGCCAACGAGCACAAGGCUCAAGGAAUCGUGGAGCUGGGUCUGAUUCCCAACUUUAAACUCAUUUUAACGAGCGGCCACCUGCUGCACCAGGGCGCAGUUCAUCCCACCGAGGUUCGAGCUCGGCACCAAGACCACAUACCGAGUAGAGAGUUGAAGUUGUGCCCUCCAGUUCAAGAAGGCGCGCGCGGGAAGACUCUAACGCCGAGGAUGAUAUUCCCCUUAUCCUGUGAAGGACGAGCACGGGAUCUCAGCCCGCUCCAGCCACCGCAGCACGACCUACCAACGGUAUGCGGAGUUUCGUGCCUCCUGCAAAUCGGCAACGUGCUAAGGGGCACGUCUAGUAGCAUGGAGGGAGCGCGAGUGCAGAACCGUGAACUUCAACAGAACUGCAAACAACUGGCCUCUGAGAAAGCUAGUUUGGCUGACGAGGCAGAGAAAGAGAGCGGCAUUCAAGCUGCGAGGGAAGAGGCCGGCCAUGCAGAGGACCAAGCCAAGAAAGCAGAGGCUGACAGAGAGAAGACCCUGCACGAGCUCAACGCCCUGAAGGAGAGGGUCGUGAAUGCUGACCUGUAUGUCGCCUGGGCUGAGGCGUCCUUGGAGAAGACAAAGAGGGUCCACCAACGCAACAUUUGUUUUGCUCAUGCACAAGGGGCAGAGUGGCUGGUGGGAGCAGAUAUGUUCCAGGACGCCGUCGCAGUUGCCACGGCCAACACCACCACCAACAUUUUCAAUGAAGUUCGUGGAAAGGUGCUGCGACAUCGGCCUGACUUCCCCAUUGGCGAGCUGGCCUUUUUUGAGGGCGAGGAUAUCGAUGAUGAAGGAAAAAGCCUCGCCCCUCCAGCUGACACUUGGGUGAGGCUAAAAUGGGAGCUCGACGAAGAGGAGUUGCCCGUGUGGCCCCCUUUUAUUAUUGAAGAGGGGGAAGUAGAGGGAUUACCAAGCUUCGACGCUUGGGUGGCAGAGCCCCAAGAGGUAGCUGCUGAGCCUUGCGGCACUCCCCCAUCUUCUCUGCCUCAGCCCGCCCCAAUCGCUGCUCCUGCUCUCUCUCCUUUAGAUCGGUCAUCUCCAGCUCGAUCUGAUGCUGCUCGCAUGGACGUGAGCGUCCCCGUUGACCUGACGGAUGAUUAGCUUAGGAUUUUUCUUUUCUUUUUUGUACUACUUUUGCGUCUUUGUGUUGAUCAAUGAACUCAUUCUUUAUGUACUUCUAAUGUAAAAAUCAUUGAUGAAAUACAAACUUGAACUCUUU